CUCCACCCAUUCCCCCCUACCCCCUCAGCGAAGAUGUGAAUCGAGCAGGGAGCCGUCAAACUUCAUCGGCGUUCACUCAACUCGACCGCUCGCGAGGACGACGGGGAAGCGCUCCGGUGCGGGUGCCGUCGCCUGCCCUGCAGUGAGUGGCACGCCGGGCGGCGCGCGGGUCCCCGACGACUGCCGCGGAUUUCCGUUCGGAUGGCGACGGAUUGAAGCGGAGCGCCGCGGGCUGCGGGACAUUUAAACUGGAGACCAUGUUUGGCAAGGGCGUGAAGAGGAAGCUGACGGAGGAGGACGCGGUGGGCAUGGCCGGCGGGCUGCUGCUGCUGCCGGGGGCCAGCGGCGCGGUGCCUCCCCGCUGCCCCCUGCUGCCCUGCGCCGCUCCGGGGCCAGGCCGGGCGUACGCCCUGCAGCGGCAGACCGUCAUGUCCCUGUCGCUGGGGAAGCUGCAGGAGGUGCGCGGCCAGGUGGAGCCGUGCCUGCGCCGUUACGUGGCCGUCACCAACACGCUGCGCCGCAUACAGGAGGAGUUGAGGCAGGAGGGCGUGUCGCGCCCUCUGUUGCCCUCCUGGGUCGGCGCCGGCGUCGGGGCUCAGGGUCCCCCCCCUGACCGCAGCUGCGCAGAGACUCCGCCCCACUCGCUGGGUCGGGGGGUGGCCGGGAGCCCCUCGUUCGCCCUCCUGCCGCCCUCCUCUUCGACUCUGCCUCUGCUCCUCCCGCCAACCGUGGACCUGCGGAGCGAGGCGGGCGGCCCCGAGGGUUCCCUGUGCGCCAUCUCCAAGCUCUGCCACGACGACGACGAAGACGACGGCGACAACGACGACGGGCGGGGAGGAGGCGCGGGCGCCCCGCCGCGCGCGGAGCCCGUGGGCCGGACUCGGUGCGCCUGCUGGGCGGGGGUGGCGCCGAUGCGGGGUGACGCGCAGCCGCCGGCCGCAGCCUGUGGCUGCGUGCGCCGCGACGCGAGUGCAGAGACGGAGCCGUCGGAGCGAACGGCGGGGCCGCCGGCGCACGGCCCGACCGGCAGGUCGCCCCCCGACGCGCGAGCGCCGCCCGUCCCCGAGAUGCCGUUCGUCGGCGGGGUGGGAUGCCUCGACGGCACGGCCACCGCCUUCCUGCUGCCCGAGCUGUCGCUGGACGACGUGUUCACGGACGUGGACACCGCCAUGUACGACUUCGACCUCUUCGCCCCGUCGGCGCUCGCGGGCGCCCGCGGGGCGGGGCCCGCGGCGGGGGACGAGUGGCCGCGCGGGGGCGUCCCGGCGCCGUGCAGCUCGGCCACGGGCGGCUCGCCGCAGUUCAAGGCCGACCUCAGCGAGCUCGACCACAUCAUGGAGGUGCUGGUGGGGUCGUGAGGGACGGGCCCGCCGGACGGCGUCUCCUGCCGAACGUUACGGGGCCGACGUCCCGCGGGUCGCGUCGGCGUGACCCCGGGGUGGGGGCGAGCGCCGCCCUCCGGCGACAGCGCGGGGCGGCGUGCGCUUGGAUCGGAAGAAUGGGCGUGGCGCCCACGUCCCCUGGUGUAGGGUGGGGGGGCGGUCACGACACGGCGGGUGGGCGGCGUGUUGCUCGCACGCUUAGCGGUGUCGGCGCCGAUCCAUGCGCGCAAGUUCUCUGGCCUCUCCCAACUUACAAACUCGACGGCAUUCAAAGAGCCUCCGUGACUCGUCUGGGGGCGAAAGAAGAACGUCAAUCAAUAAUGGCAUCGUGUAAAUCUCGCUGAUAACUCGUUAGCACGCCGUGUGCACGUUUUGGGACAAGGUGCUCUCCGUACAAGUUUCCGGGAGGACUCGCGGCUGCCUCUGUCCGCCCCGCGCAUCGUCGGAGGCGAGGGUUCGCUGCCCGCGUGCGGGGUGCGUCGCUUCCAGGGUGCUGACAGCAUUCGCGCCGCGACCCGACCGACCGUCGGAUCGUCGUCGUCAUCGCCGCCUCCACGACUUUGUCCGUGCUCCGUCGGCAUUCUGUGCGGACGCCGCUGAAUCUUGACGUCCCGUUUGCAUCGACGGUAGAACGUCGGAGGUCGUAAUUGGACGGAGGACCCGGCUUAGUUUUUCAUUUAACUCCUACACAACCGGCCGUCGCCCUGCGGGGCCACGGGCGUCUUAUGCAUUAGAGAACUUACAGCCCGUGUCGCGGGCCGAGCUCUCAUCAGGUAACAAACGUCACUUCGUGUUCGUAUCUUUUUCUUUUUUGCAAACGUCCAGAAGCACCAGCCUGGACGGUGCACGCGGCCACAAGGUGGGCACGGGCAUCGAUGGGCCGGUUUUUUUCCCCGAGCGGUUUUCCCCCGCCGUCGAUGCGAUCGGACUGAGCGACGGCAUCGUGGCCCAGCCUUCUCAAGCAAUCUCUACACCCUCCUUACCUCCGGCAGGGAAAGCACACACACACGGUCGGUCUCACACGAGGGAUACAGCCGCCCCCCUUGGCUGUCGGCUGCCUUUUUUUAUACCGUUUUUUUUUCGUCAAGAGGAGUCUUUGAGUCGUUGACGACGCAGGUCUCGGUUGUGCGCGUGGGGAAGUUUCGUCACUGCCCGGAUCCUUAACAUGUACACGCGCAAGCACAUACACAAGCACGCACGCACGGGCCCGUGUGGCUAGGCAUGCCGCAAUUAUGCGCGUUACGCACUGCCCGGCGUACGCACGCGCGGAUGUUCAAGUAUUCUCCCAGUGCAGUUUGCAAGGUAACCUUUCUACCGCGUAGAACUUUAUUAAAUCAAUGCUACUGAUGAUGUGUGUUGUGAGUGCAGAAUACUUAAAUGCAAACCCAUAGAGGACAAUGAAACCUCGACAGUAAUGGUGAAUUGACCCAGUGUUGGCCUCGAUCAGUGACGUAUAGUAUUUAUUAUUGCUUCCCGAUACAUAAAUAAUCUCGACACCAUUACCUUUGUGCAAACACACAAACAUUACAGUAUUUGUGUUCCAGUUUACAUGCUUCCUAUACUUUUCAUUUAGAAUCCAGUUGCACACCGCUUGCAAAGAGUUACAUCUUUCAGCAGGGAGCCUACCAGUCCAAGUACUCUGGUAUAAAUACCAUGACCCUGCAGACAGCAGUACCAGCUCUGCAGAGAGCAAUACGAGUAUUUUGAGUACACGGAGUUAGCACAAGUGCCGUGCCUGUACAGACAGUGGCGCCAACUCUACAGAGAGAUAUAGAAAUAAUUGUCACUACAGAGAAUGGUACCAGCAUAAGUGCCGUGACCUCACAGAGUUCAAUACCAUGUCAAGUAUCUUCACACAAACGCAAUAUUAACUCUGCAGUGAGUAGUCCUAACUCUGCAGUGAGUCGUACGAGCACAGGUAUCAUGAACCCACAAAGAGUAGGACCAGGUUACCAGUACAAGUAUUGCGACCCCAGCUCUCAGGGGUAAUGAGCGUGCCUAGUCGUUAGGGGCCAUCCUAUUAGUACGUACGCAUGGAGGGGGGGAGUUAACCCAAAUGCGUUUGCUUGCAUAUGAGGGGGUCUACUGACAAUGUACGAAUAGGAAAUGGGUGGGAUGGUGAAGCCUCGAUAAUAAUUUGUCUACAUCGGCCUUCAAAUGAGCCACAGUUCAGUGUUUCCAGCUGUCAGACAACAAGCACUAGCGGGAGAAGUGGGACUGUGGGAGAGGUUUCACUCGCGUGCCACCGUGCCCCUGACUGCAGCUCUCACGCAGCUCAGCAAAAUAAGUGGCCAAGCUACGCAACUUAAUUCUUUAAUGCAGCCGGCGGUGGACUAUCUGUUUGCUUAAACACGUUAAUAUUGUUCAUAUUCUUGGGUCUUUCGGUAAAGUGACGUAGAUAGGUUCAAAGAAAAUAAAAAAAAUAACAAUCUACGUGACUUUACCGAAAGACCCAGGAAUAUGAAUUCCUGCAGUCACGAAAGUUUUAAGUCAAUAUUAUUAAUCCUUGAUCGUUUCUGCGUGGAUUAAAUAUCGGCCGUUCUAUAGGAUUCGAGGGGGAGGGGGGGUGCGUUAAGCGUGCGUACGCAGGUGGGGGGGGGGGGUGUAAAAGUACGCGGGCGUACAGGGAGGGUGGGAGGGGUCAAGUUUUGACAGAUGUUUGCGUACCUACUCAAUGGAUAGCCCCUUACCCCAGUGAGUUCAGCCAAGCGGAUCGUUUAAGUCCUCCCACCUCUGUUCUCUUCCUCGCCAACUUCCCUCAUUCCCCUGGCCGUUCACCAUCUCCGUCUCUUACAUGUCAUUUGCGUUGAGAUCGGAUGAGCAGUCGCGUGCCUUAAUCGCCGAGUUUGUGUAACGUGCAGAGCGGUUUAAUUUUUACCGAUGUCGUUGGCGUCGUUGGCGUCGUCGUUAUGUUUCGACCAGCGUCUGGCGUGGGGACGAGUCGGGGGCCGGGUGAGCCCCUCGGCGCCCCCUCGACCGCCCGUGCCACGUGGCCCUGCUGGCACCACCGAGGUGCCCACGUGGGCACCGUGACGAAACACAGAGAGAGAGGACUCGGAAGGAGAAUUCCUUUUAAGAUUCUCCUGCCAUUUUCAUUGAAAAAAUCCUUCAGGCAAUCGGUUUCCAAAUAAAUUGUUAGUUUAAGAUACUGUAACGAUGAAUUAUAUUUGAAUGGAAGUGGAUUUGAAAUACACUUUAAUGGAAAAUGUAUUUGCAUGUUAAUGGAGCAAACCUGUCGCCCUACACCUAAUCUAAUCCCUGUCCCAGUCCUAACUCUUGCAUUGACAGGGUCACGGUUAGAGGUAAGGGUCAGGUUUGCUCACACACUAUUUGAUUUCGUGAGGAUUUCUUAGAAGAAAAUCAAUGUUCAGGUUUUGCCGUGUAAUCUCUGGGUCACCGUUCGUCUCCGCGGGGCAGCCCGUCCAGCCGCGUGGACAUUCUCAGAUCCCUCCUCGUCUGCGGGUCCUCCUGUCCGUGGAGUGGGGGGGGGAGACAAAUCCGUCUCGCCCCCAUCAAUGGGCUUCCAGACACGCUGGUGGAGGACAGUCGCUCAGUCCGCCAGCGUGACUUUCACAACUAAGUUAUUGUGUUAAGUUAUUACAGAUUAAUAAAUGUUUAAGAGUAAUAAUUGAAAAAAAAUCUGCGGAUUAUUUAAGACAUUUAAAAUUGCAGUAGAUUUCCAUUUUCUUUCGUUAUUGUUGCGUGUGUUUUUGUGGGGAGUGUGUUUUACACAAUUUAAAGAGAAAACUGAAGAGAACUAAUUUUUGUACGAGUUUAGAGUCAUAAAUUAUUAUGUUUUAUUGUUUUUUAUUGGCGGCUAAAGCCAUGGGAAGGACACGAGUUGGUGGGUUUGUGUGGCCGUGUCGAGGCCUGCGAUGGUGUGUGGACUUCAGGGUGCUUGAGAAACGUGUAGACUUUAAGGCAUUUUAUUCUGCACUUUCCGAGCGGAGGGGUUUUUACGUGAACAUGGAGCAUGGAGAGAUUGUGUUGUGGAAGUUCCACGUCGUUUCUUUUGUUAUUAUUUGUGGUUUAAAAAAAAACUGAACCAAGUUUAAACAAGCCACUAAUGUAAGGCUAAUUUUUUUAAAGUCUGUAAUAAGUAAUAUAUGCUUUUUUGUGAACUGGGCUACAUACAAAUGCUUUGUUAUUUCAUUUUCUAAAAAGGAUCAAACCUGUAAUUAUUUUUGGAAUUUCAGAAGGGGGGUACAUGUUUAUGAAAUCUGAUUUUUCUAGAGUUAAAUUUUUUCUCCCUGUAGAUUUUAUCUGUGAAUGGUGUGUACGGCCUAUAGAAAAAAACAAUAUCUUAAACUUGUGUAAAUGGUACUAAUGCUUGUUCUUUAUUCAUUGGAACAAAGUACAUAAUUUGAACUUUUUUGAAUUAUUAAAGAAAUAAAUGAGAUGUAGUUGCCAGGCAUCUUUACUGCAAUUCAUUUGCCUUCUUGUGAUUUCAUUUUAUGUUUUAUUGUUAUUAUUUUUAUUUUUGCAGCCAUAAACCUAAACAAAUUAUGUACAAAACAAAGGCCACACUUGACAGCCUAAAACAAAACAAAAAAUUUGCCUCUAUAAUUCAGGUCUCAUGCUAAAAACUGAUUUAUACAAUUGCCACAAACACAUCCGUGUAAUAAUAUAAUUGUAAUGACGUCUCUUACAGUGGUUGCAAUAAUUGACUAAUGAAGCAAUGAUUUUUUUUUAUUUAACGGUAUUUAUUCAGAGUUUUUAUUUAAAAGCACAAAUGGAAGUCUCGGAUUGCCCACGACUGUGUUCCCAGCUGACGUGGUGCCGAUGUGGAGUCCAGCAGGCUGUGCACACACACACACACACGUGGUUUACUAGGAUGAGAUAAAGAGAACCCUGCAUUGUACCUGUCUGUACGCAACCCCUGUGCCUUUUCUGUACACUUUUUGCAGGUCAUUGUAAUAUCCUGUCAUAAAAUAAACGAAAUUUAAAUCGCGA